GAUGCGGGCAUAGGUGGUCCACGAGCGCCAGCCUCAGCUGCUUAGGCCUCAGCUGCUUAGGCCUCAGCUGCUUAGGCCUCAAACUGACGCAGCGUCGACCGGUCGCUCUCCCCCGCCAGCCGCAGUGCGGGCCCGGGCAGGCACCGUCCCCCUCCCCACGCGUCACGUCGCCCUCACUUCCGCGUCGCUGGUUUCCGGUUACCGCCAUCUUCCGCGCGCGGAAGCCGGCUCCUAGGUGGGAGCUCCAUAGCGAGUGCACUGUGUAGUGCGGUCGGUGCCAUGCCGUCAUCGCCGCUGCGGGUGGCGGUGGUGUGCUCGAGUAACCAGAAUCGGAGCAUGGAGGCACACAACAUCCUCAGCAAACGGGGUUUCAGUGUCCGCUCCUUUGGAACAGGAACUCAUGUGAAGCUCCCAGGACCAGCACCUGACAAGCCCAAUGUUUACGACUUCAAAACCACAUAUGACCAGAUGUACAAUGAUCUCCUCAGGAAAGACAAAGAACUCUAUACACAAAAUGGAAUUUUACAUAUGUUGGACAGAAAUAAAAGGAUCAAACCCCGGCCAGAAAGGUUCCAGAACUGCAAGGACCUGUUUGACCUGAUCCUCACUUGUGAAGAGAGAGUCUAUGACCAAGUUGUAGAAGAUCUGAACUCCAGAGAACAGGAGACCUGUCAGCCAGUGCAUGUGGUCAAUGUGGACAUCCAGGACAACCACGAAGAGGCCACCCUGGGGGCCUUCCUCAUCUGCGAGCUCUGCCAGUGUAUCCAGCACACUGAGGACAUGGAGAAUGAGAUCGAUGAGCUGCUGCAGGAGUUCGAGGAGAAGAGCGGCCGGGCCUUCCUGCACACUGUCUGCUUCUACUGAGCCCCAAGCGGGGCGGGGCCUGCCCUGCACUGCCACCUUUGGAGCCAUUUCCAGUGUGUUUUCCCUUCUGAAGUUUGUUUAUACUGCUGGGUGGACAUCAUCAAUGUACUGUACAUACAGAAUGAAAGUACACAGACAUGCCAGGGUCAAAUCCAUUGUUUUUAACCAAAAGAAAUAAAAGAUGGUUUACUGUA